GAUACGUAUAUUAAGUGAAGCAUUUUUUACAAUAGGACUCAUGCUUAUUUUGAUCGAGUAAAGGAGAAUACCAUUUUGGCGAGAACAUGUCUAUUUCGAUCUUAGAUGAGGCUGAUCUGACUGACCCCUACUACUAUGCACAGAACAUGUUGGAAGGGCUCGAGAGCGAUGUCGAGGAAAUACGGAAUCCAGGUCCUGCAGACGGCGGGAAGCGGAAGAGCAAACCUACGAGAAAACGGACUGCAAAAGAAUCCACAUUGAAAUCAUAUGUGGUUAGCAAGGCAGUAAAGAGAGGUCAUCGCUUAGUGAAAAUAGAAGUGUUUGAUCUAAAUGAGUGUCAGGACACAAAUAGUGAAAAUGCAGUGUUAAGUGCUCAAUACGUGGUUGUAGAUCCCGUAGAUGAAGUAAUGGACAUGGCAGAGAAUAUUGUCAACAAAAUUUCAAAAAAGAUGGGUAAUAAUUAUUAGUCUAUUUUUAAGUGU